AAUCUUAAUAAUAUAGCCCCUUUUUUUACAUUCUCUCAAACCCUAAUCCCCAAUUUCACUUGCCACCAAAUCCUCCAGUAUUCUUGCUGCUGCCGGUUUUCAUCCUCCUGUUUCAAAUCCGGCUACUUGGAAGCUUUAAGAUUUUUCGCCAAAAAGAGUGAAUUUUGAGAAGGAUGGAGAUAUCUGAUGAAGUCUUUUCCGAGCCUGAGCCUAAGCAACUGUUUGAUGGCCCUCUCAUUUCCUAUGUUGAACCUGAGGAUCUGUUUGGUCCCCCUUUUGAUCCUGAAGACCUCUUCGUUUACGUUCCUCCGGACCAAAUGGUAAAUCAUGAUUAUAUAAUUCAUUCUGUUUACUGGUGAAAUUAACAUUUAGUGCUGGAGUCUAUAUCAAUUUAAUCUAUUUCCUCUGACUUUGAUUGAGAUUUUCUGUGGGACUCUCCCCCUUGGACCUUGCACUCUUUCUUUAUUUUCCCACAACCAAUAUUUUAACUUUGUACAUGAAUUCUCUUUUAAUUUUUUCCUUUUGCCUUUCGGAUUUCUCCUUAUAUAUAUUCUCUUAGCUUUUCCAUGUGAUCUGUUUGAUACACUUUAGUUGAUUAUUUUCUUAUUUACUUUUUCUUUGUUCCUCUGGCAUGAAGGUAAAAUCUGGCUCCUUUGAAUCUAGAUCCUCCGACACGGUAAAACCGAAUUCUAAGCUGUUGGACAGUUGCUACUCUGCUUUGCGAUGCAUGGAGAACCCUAAAUCUCGAGACUACGCUGACCCUUGGGAUGAGGAUCAGGCUAAGCAUUUUGGCUUUGACUUUCAAGAAGCUUUCCGUCCGUGGCUCGAGUAUCAGAUCCCUGCAUGGCGCGAGGGUAGCAUUCCCCAAUUUUGCUCCCCUUACGUGGAAGGAUGGGUUAGUUGCUGGCGGACACCGCAGACCAUUGUCGUCGUCAGCUGUCCACAAGUUCAUUCAAUUCAAUGCUCACUUGAUUGGCUGUGUCACUGGAGAGGGUGAUGACUGUGCAAAGUUGCCCAUGGAUUCCCCCCAGGAGGUAAAAAGUGGUACUGCUGCAGAUGUGGUUAGAAUACUGUCUUCUUGUAAUGUGAAGGAUUUGUUGAUUGCAGGGUGGGAUGAUACGGGUCCAAGCUUGUACCGCUUAGAUGGUGAGGGGAAACUGAUUUGGGGAGUAAUUCUUGCCUGUGGAUCUUGUUCAGAAUUUGGUUAUGGUGUUGUCGGUGCUUGGAGUUUCCCCUACAUGUCAAUCCCUGCAGCUGCACAGCUUGCCAGAGUCGGAAUUGCCACGGCUCUAGCUAAAUCUAAAUUUUAUCAUGAAGGGAAUGGCAGUGGAAGUGAUGAAAGUGGUGAUGAAGCCAAUGAAAGUGGUAAAGUUGGUGUUUAUGUGGAGGUUCACUGCAUAGGACCUGAUGGUUACCAAAAGGUCGAUGAUACUGAUGAAGAGGUUGCUGAUGGUAGCAGAGAAGCAGAGACAAGAGCCCAAAAGGCGUAACGCUGAUGAGUAGCUCAAUGAAGACUGCCUGCAGGAUUCUGUUAAUGCAAUGACCUUCGAUCUUUUGAAAUGUUGCAGACAAGGCCUGAUUAUUAGACAGUGUGAAUGGCGCUUAAAUUUUAUGCUUAAGACCAUUGGAAGAAUUUGUAAUCAGCAAUGUGUACUUUAUUUGUGAUAGUUUUCUGUCUAAAAAGGAAAACCAUGCUUGAAACUAUGCUUAAAGAAAAGGAAACUGGACGAAGACAAGAAAGAACUGCUCUUUCCAGUAAACAUCUAUAUUACUGACUAAAUCAUGACUGUAGCCUGUAGGAUUACUAGGUCAGUGCAAUCUGACCAUCUUAAUAGUAUAAUAACAGGAGUUAAAGGUAACCUGACUAGCUUCAAACUACAAUUAAUUAACAGCAGCUUUAUACCUGUCAAUGAUGCAUCAACUUUGAGAAGCUAAACACAAAGAUAACCAGAACUGGAUACCAAAACAUCUGCCAAGGAUCCAAAGAGCCAACUUUGUUGAUACUUCAGUCUCCAAAUCAUUGGUACUAGGUUUGAGAGCUACGCCUUCUCACUGAUGCAAUCUUCUGAAGCCUCAUUUGCUCUCUAAACUUUGCUAUAAACUCAUCAGCUUUCCUGUCAACCUCACUUCCUUCAAGCUCUGCAUGCUCGACAUGGUUAGGUGCAAUUUCCUUUUCAGCUGGAGUCACCUGAAGAUCUUCAGGUUCACUUUCAGACUCCGAAUCCUUCUCAGACAACAAAGUACUGUCAGCUAUGUUUUGACUUUCAUAGUUCUGAGAUGCAGAAAAGGUGGAAUUCUGCACCGGAGGUGCCUUCUCGGAGUAUGGCCUUUGCACACGAACUGGUUGGUCCUUACAGUCUCCUUCCUUUGCAUUCUUCAUCAAUAAGGGUGCUUCAAAUUCAUGGUGCUUUUCUUCAACCUUUUCAUUGAUUUUAUCAGAACAAACCUCUUCCCUUUUCAUGUUGUCAGCAGCAAACACACGAGAACGCAAUGUUCUUACAGAUAUUCCUUUUCCUAGAACCCUAGACAGUUUUGAUGGUUUGGAACCUGAGAUCAUGGAGUCACUCUUCUGUUUUCCCCUGUCCAACACAUCCUGCAUUGCACUUAAGCUUGAAUUGUUGAAGAAGUCUUUCGAAGUCCUCUGCAUAUCUAACUCGCUUGAAGAACCAAUGCUAACUCCCCGCGCCUUAGGAGCAAAUGAUUCUACAACAGUCUCAGAUGCUACAUUAGGCGGUGGAACUGUAUCUGAAAAACCAUUGAGACCCUUCUUCAACUGGCUAUCCUCUUUUGGCAAAUUUGACAGUUCUGGCAGAAGAGAACUAGUUCCAAAAGACUUGGGAUGACGGGAUGACUUUGAUCUAAAUUGCUUCAUCUCAAAAUUUCCACCAUAGUGAGGCCUGGAAUCAAAAGACUGACCAAAACUACUAACUUCUUCUCCAAAUUCCUUUCUUUCAGAUUUUGGCUGCAAGGAACUCUUAGGAGGUCCAGCAACUUCCUGAAACUUUUUCUCCAAACAAAGAGGCAUCGGACGUCUAAUUUUCUCAAGCUUACCACUCGCAAUACUGCUCAUAGAAGAACCCUUUGAAGGGUUCUCAGCCCCAUUGCUAUUAAUGAACUCACGGUUAUCAGAAUCAGCAAUUCUUGAUCUUAAGCUCCUAAUUGGCAAACCCAAAGGCUUAUGUUUGUCAACAGCACAACUGCCAUUAGCCACAACAACCAAGCUUUCACCUUGCAGAAACUGAGAAUUCCAAACUUGGCUAACAUUUUCUUUGUAAGCUUCAUAAGCAACAACAUCAUUUUCACCAUCAUUCCCAUUCCCAGUGGCUAAAGAUAGAAACUUUUUCCCACCACCAAUUAAAGGACUCCCUUUACUAGAUGACUUCCUCCCACUGCUAAAAAAAUCCCAAUUCUUCACACUCAACUUCUCAUCAGAAACACACAAUUUCUCAAACCCAUCCUCAAAGAUUGAAGGUACAUCAAAAACCCCAGAUAAACAAGCAUGAGAAGAAGCAGCAUCAACUGAACCUCUAGAUUGAAUUUCAACUUCAGCUACAACACUUUUUCUACAGAACAAGCCAUAAGACACAGCAACCCCAAUAACAAGAAGGUAAAACAGUUCCCAGAACUCUCUUAAUAUGCUCUGAGUGAUAAAGUCAGGAGCUUGGGAAGGGAAAGAGGGAACAAGAACAAGGACAACAAUGAUAAUCAGGGAUUUACACAAGAAGCUAGAACAAGAUGACUUACUACUCUGUUGCUGGUUUAAUCUGGAGUUUGGCCCAAAAUUUUGGAGAUGGGAAUCCGAGGAAGCUGCUGCCAUUGUUGAAGAAGAAAAGAAGAGUGAGAUUUAGGAGGGUUAUUAAGGUGAAGUAUACAAGAAAGGAACAUUUGGGAAACAAAAGGGGCAAAAGGUCUUAAGGGUUUGUGUCAGUCACAUUGCCAUUUGUAUGAAGGGGAAAAAGGAAGAAAUGUGUGUGUGUGUGUGUGUGUGUGUGU